AACUAUUUAAAUACAGGGGGCUUUAGUGGGAAUCCGAUAGAACCGAACAUCGACAGGGUUGCAUUUGCCAAUAUUUUCAAUUUAUUCUCCAGGAAAAAAAACGUGAGUCUAGCGGAGCAGCAGCAGCACCAGCCAGCACUCUUUUUUUCCCCCCUACAACACUCUCACACUCAAGGUUCGGCCAUUAACUGACCCCAAACAACAACACAAGCCAAGAUGUUCAUCUGGGAUUGGUUCACCGGAGUCCUAGGAUACUUAGGUCUGUGGAAGAAGUCUGGCAAAUUGUUGUUCCUUGGCUUGGAUAAUGCUGGCAAGACCACGCUACUGCACAUGCUCAAAGAUGAUAAGCUGGCGCAGCAUGUCCCCACCCUGCAUCCAACGUCCGAGGAACUGUCCAUCGGCAAUAUGCGCUUCACCACAUUCGACUUGGGUGGCCACACUCAGGCACGUCGCGUCUGGAAGGACUAUUUCCCCGCUGUGGACGCAAUUGUGUUCUUAAUAGACGCCUGGGAUCGCGGCCGCUUCCAGGAGAGCAAAAACGAGCUGGAUUCGCUGCUCACGGAUGAGGCGCUGUCCAACUGCCCCGUGCUCAUAUUGGGCAACAAAAUCGAUAAGCCCGGUGCGGCCAGCGAGGAUGAGCUGAGAAAUGUUUUUGGACUGUAUCAGUUAACAACCGGCAAGGGCAAAGUUGCACGUGCCGAUCUGCCUGGCCGCCCAUUGGAAUUGUUCAUGUGCUCCGUGCUGAAGCGACAGGGCUACGGCGAGGGUUUCCGUUGGUUAGCGCAGUAUAUCGAUUAAGUUAACAAUAAAAUACCAACAAGAACCAUAAUAAAACACACACACACAAACACAAACUGAGAGGAGAACUUGGCUACAAAAUUUAAAUACGACGAUAGAACAGAACAGAACCGAACAGAACAGAAGAGAAGAUAACCCCAACCCAACCACAAAACGGACCUUAAGCAAAACGAAGCUGCGUGCGCAAUUUCUAAUUUAUACACAAUUACAAAAUAAUUCAUAAAUAAUAAAAAACGGAAAACUCAAAAAUCUGUACAUCUGUAAUUAGAAAAACACUCUUAAAAAAAGCAACAACCAACACAAUGUUCAAUAUCAAAGUUCAAACGACUUUUCCAUCGAGAACAUCCAAGAGAAUAUAAAACAACAUCCAGAGUAUGAGGAGAGUGCGCGCAAGGGAAAAACAAACUUUUACUUAUAAUUAUGAAUAAAACAAAUUGUAGCAAAUUAAAGGUGAUUUAUUUAAGAGCAAGUGCUUUCAGCGACGCUGUUCCAUAAAUAAAAUUUAGCUAUCAUUUACCUUUUA